CGCGCCUCCCUUGCUCCGGAAGUGGCCUCAGUGGUCGCCCCGGAAGUGGACUGAAGAAGAAGAAGAAGGAGGCAGCGGGAGUGUGAGGCGGGGAAGUGUGAAGCGGGCGAGUGAGCGGUCGGUCGGUCGGUCUCGGCGGGAGCGGAGAUGCCGGUCCCGGGCUGAGGCCCCUCCUCCCUCCGGCCGCCCCUCCCUCGCUCCGUCCCUCCCUCGCCGGAAGCUGGCGGAGCUGGGCCGGUCCGGGGGCGCGGGGGCGGGCCCCGCCGGCGGGAGGAUGAUGCGCUCGCAGUGCCUGCUGGGCCUCCGGGCCUUCCUCGCCUUCGCCGCCAAGCUCUGGGGGUUCCUCCUCUACCUCCUCCGCCGGCAGGCCCGCACCGUAAUCCAGUAUCAGACGGUGCGCUACGACAUCCUUCCCCUUUCCAAAGUUUCACGGGAACGGCUCAACCAAGUGAAGAGAAAGAUCCUUGUCUUGGAUCUGGACGAGACGUUGAUCCACUCCCAUCACGACGGGGUCCUGCGGCCAACAGUGAGGCCCGGCACUCCCCCCGACUUCAUCCUCAAGGUUGUCAUUGACAAGCAUCCAGUCCGCUUUUUUGUACAUAAGAGGCCGCAUGUGGACUUUUUUCUAGAAGUGGUGAGCCAGUGGUAUGAACUCGUGGUCUUCACAGCCAGCAUGGAAAUCUACGGCUCGGCCGUGGCAGACAAGCUGGACAACAACAGGAGCAUUUUAAAGAGGCGAUACUACAGACAGCAUUGCACUUUGGAGCUGGGCAGUUAUAUCAAGGAUCUUUCGGUCGUGCACACCGACCUCUCUAGCAUAGUCAUCCUGGACAAUUCGCCGGGAGCCUAUAGGAGCCAUCCAGAUAAUGCGAUACCCAUCAAGUCGUGGUUCAGCGAUCCCAGCGACACGGCGCUCCUCAACCUGCUCCCCAUGCUUGAUGCCUUGAGGUUCACAGCGGACGUCCGGUCGGUGCUCAGCCGGAACCUGCACCAACAUCGCCUUUGGUGACGGCGGCUUCUCCUUUCUUCAGGAUGUGGCCCACCACCUCUGCCUUAUCCUGCCACCGCGGACCCCUGCCCGACCUCUCUGCGCCCGCCUCAAUUGCCGCCCGGACUCAACUGGCGAAGAGGUCUGGACUCAACCGGCCGGGAAGCGGGGGGCAACACGGCCGGAGGACAAUGUGUCCUGGGUGGCUCCCGAUCCCGUGAGCGGCCUUUGCCUCUCGGCACGCCCAUCGCCGUGGCGGGGACUUAAGCAGGGCGUUGCUUGGCUUGGGGAGGGGAGUCUGUUGAGCAAGAAAGGGGAUUGACACAAGCCAGCCAGCCACCCGGAAGGAGUUUCAAGGGACACUUGCGUGAGACGAGGCUGCAUUUCUCAGUGGAAAGACCGCGCUCUCCCUGUACAAAGAUCUCACUUUUACUGCUCUUUUAUUUCUCUCCUUUGUUGUCAUUUUCUCUCUCCUCUGACUCUAGAGGAAGAAGAGCAAGGAGGAGGAGGAGGCCCUACAAGUUCCUAGGACUGGCCAUUGGUUUCUGUUUGUUCCCCCCCCCCCCCCAACCAAUCCACACCUUGGGUAUUUUUUUUUUUUUUGGUCUCCUUCAACCCUGGUCUUGUUUGAGGGAGAUCGGCCCUCCUGCUUUCCUUUUUUUCGUUUCCGUUGGACUUUUGGGACGGGGAGGACUGGAAUGACAAGAAUAUUAUAGCCUUGAACUGAGGUGGAAAGAAAAUUACACCUAAAUCCGA